AUGUCGUCGAGCCUGAAAAACGAGCUGUCAUCGUCGGAUUUCGAAGUCGACGCCAACGAGAUGCAGUCUCGCUCCCGGGUGCAGAGGGCCAAGCUCAUCCAUGGUCUUCGGACCGGAUUGACCGCCUUGGCGCUCGUUGCUGGCAUCGCCGUCCUGGGCCUCUCCGCAGAUGCUCUGUCUGUAUACAAUGCCACGUACUUGCCGGCCGACUUUUUGUUGCCUCUCUGGCCGGAGAACUUUGACAUCGGGCCCACCACUUCGUUGGUUGCCGGCAGCGCGAUGGUAACGGCCAUGAAUGCCGUGUCCUUGGUCGCGAGCAAGAACAAGCUUGUUCGAGGUAGACUCGUGGCUCACUCGGCGGCCAUUCUUGCGGCCCCCGUUGUUGCCUUCACCGCCUCCCUCGUCACCGUGGUCUUCUUCUACGCCAUCAACGCCUCCGCGUCGGUCGACUCCCUCCACAGCUGGACCUGUCGCUGGAGAAGCGUUCCCAUGUACACCCGUCCCUACUUUGGCACCUUGUGCAGAGAGAGCCAGGCUGCUGUUGCCCUGUCUGUGCUUCUGGUGCCCCUGGAAUUGAUCAUCUUGGUGACGGCUUACUUGCAAGCAAUGAUGGAGAAGAAGAUGCAAGUCGUCUGCACUUAG